AUGCACUUGCAUAAAGGAUUUCUGGCCCAUUAUGGUGAACUUGACGCUGCCCAUACACAGACAGCACAUAACAACCUUGCCCAGCAUUAUGGAGUUAACAGUCAGCCUAUAUUCUUGUUCCUCAAGUCCUUUGAUCUUGCCUCCUGUGCUCCUUACAACAUCAUGCAUUUACUUUUCAAAAAUAUGGUUCCAAAUAUGCUCCUGCACUGGACUGGGAAGUUCAAAGGUUUGGAUCAAGGUACCAGGAACUACAAGCUCCUCCCAGCAAUUUUUGCAGUUAUUGGAUUGGAAACCGCUAGCUGUAUUCAAUAUAUGCCAUACAGCUAUGUUGGCACACUUCCCAACAUUGCUCAAGACGGACACUUGUACAAAGCUGAGGCAUAUUUGUUCUGGAUUCAGUAUAUUGCACCAAUUGUGCUCAAGGAUUGGUUGCCUGUCUGGCAUAUGCUCCUCCUGCAUGAGAUUGUCAUAAUGUGCCUCAAGUUCAAGCUCACUUCUGAUGAUGUUGAACAUUUGGAUAAAAUGGUUAAACUCUGGGUGACCCAAUACAAGAAGUAUUACUAUCAAUACUUGGCUGAUUGUCUGCCUGUCUGCCCCUUAACCAUCCACGCAAUCCUUCAUAUCCCAUCCUACAUUUGGCAAACUGGCCCUCUCUGGGCAUCCUGGGUGUUUGUAAUGGAACAAUUUUGUGGCCACCUUUUACCUGCUGUAAAGAAUUGA